AUGUUAGGAGUUGAAGAAAUAAGGAGCUUAUGCACAACAAAUAAGGUAGCAAGUUUUUCUAACUUUACUUAUCAAGAGUCAAAAUCUUCUUCUGUAACCCCUCGAAUAUGGAGACCUUAUGUUUAUAAAGAUGGUACUUUGCUUGUUCGAAUAAUUCGAAGAGAUGCUGCUAAUAGUAGUACUAAUAAAACAUGCCUCCAACAAAUAUUAUCACUACGAUUAAUAUUUCCCAACGGAACCGUAUCCGAACUUGAUAUUGACUUGAAGAUUCAACCUUUCAAUUAUUGUCUUCUUGCGGCUAGUCCGCAAAAUCCGCAAGUUUCAGAAGCAAUACGCUUAUACCCUUUACAAACUGGUUAUUUCCUAGUAAAAUAUUUUAAUGCUACUGAUGUUAAUGAUUUCUCUACUUAUGAAGAAUGGAUAAUGUUGGUUAAUUGGAAUGGUGCAAUACUUAGUAAAGCAUUUCUUGGUCACGCUUUCAUAACUCCAGCCGGCCAAUGGGACCCUCUCCAAACCACUAUAAGGGUUAAUAUCUCUCCAGAGAAGGAUGAAGGUUAUGCUAUUAUUUAUGCAAACUCUUCUGACCCAACUAAUUCGACUGAUCCACUUAUCGUUCGCGCCGCGUUAUACAUUCAAACUAUUGGUUAUGGUGACCCGACCUUGGGUGCUCCAUUGCUCCUCUAUCAACUUCCGCUUCAAAACAUAAUAUUCAGUUCACUUUUUUGCGAUAUUUCUCCCAUUAAUGUCGGCCAAAUUUGUACAUUAGGAAUGACUCAAAAUACUCCAUCUAAUAAUGCAACUAAUACUACAACUAAUAAUAGUCAAACUUUUUACGCAAAAAUUUCAUUUUUAUCAAGUGGUUCCGUUAUUGAAUUUACUCCAAUAUCCAGAAUAUUACCUACUAAUCUACCUAAUGUCACUUCAUGGGUGGUUACUGCACUACCUUACGGUGGUUAUUUAUUGCUUACUCAAACUUUAUCUCCAACUGGCAUAAAUAUGUAUGCAUAUAUCUUUGACGAAUACAACACCACUGGACAACCUUGGGAGUUGCCGGAACCUUUUGCUUCAAACGUAGCUGUAUCUGGAUUAUUACGUCUAACUCUGGAUGGUUCAACGUAUUAUGAAAGUCUCGAUUCCAAUGGCAAAACCAAAUUCUUUGCCAGCCUUCAAGAUGAUGUUUCAAAAAUCCUCCCAAUUGCUCCUUCACGUUUAAGUUCUAAUCAACACGUUCAGGUUGAUUUCUCUAUUAGUCCAGGUCGACAGAUUUUCUUAUCACUUAAUCUAGAACAAACUAGAGAUAAAAAUGAAAGAAGUGUUGCUUCGCUUAUCCGAGAUUUAAACACAAUGGUUCGUAACAAAGAUAUUACACCAAUUGGGUUAGGAAACACUACAAAAUAUCUAGAUGAUACUUAUGGAUUUGCGCCUUCGUCUUUUGUGAUCAUUACAAAAGAAAACACGCGUCCUGAAUUUUUCUCAUGGUUCAUCCGAAAUGGAAAAGUCGCGUCAAUAUUUACCGUAUUGGCUGGUGCUGACAUUGAAGCAUUAGCAAUACUUAGAUCAAACCUUGCAGGAUUUUCAUUUUUCCAAGCUCCUUUUUCAGAGGAUGCUCUAUCAAAAAGUCAUCGUUAUCCUAAAACCGAUGAACAUGAACCGCAAUAUGAUUUUGGAAAUAACCAGCCAUAUAAUAUGUCAACUCCAAUGGUUUCUAAUAAUGAACCACAUGAAUUACCUAAUAAGGUUGAAAUUAAAAACGACAGACUUUCUGGACUUUCUGUUGAUGAUAGCAAGAGAUUGGCAAAAAGCAAUUCAACGACUUUGAUGUUUAUCGUUUAUAUUGGGGCUGGAACGGAGGGGAGGGGAGCGGAGGGGAGCAGAGUGUAA